UACGCUUCUGCGCAGUCUUGGGUGGCGUCGUAACGCCUUGGGGAAAGAGAACGAGGAUGGACCUUGAAUUGCUGCCUCUGGCUUUUAAUUUUUCUGCUGAUAGGAUUUAGUCACUUCUUCUUCAGUUUUUAUUUGUUUCUUUGUUGCACGUAUCCCGCACCUCCCUCUACCCCCUUUUGCUUUCCCACUCCUUGGAUCCAACCCUGUGGGCAUUCACGCCAGUUCAGUCACCCCGCCGUGAGCCCCCUCCUGGUCCCGGGCGGGCCUAGCACGGAGGCGGUAACUAUGGAGAAUAUGGCGGAGGAGGAGCUGCUACCCCAGGAGAAGGAGGAGGUAGAGGUGGCUCAAGUCCAGGUCCCGACCCCGGCCCCGGACUCGGCUCGGGUCACCGCGCUGGACUCAGCCUCGGCUCCGGCUCCAGCCCCAGCCCCCGCCCUGGCCCAGGCUCCGGCCCUGUCCCCGUCCCUAGCCUCAGCCACUGAGGAGGAUGAAAGCAAGAGACACAUCUCAAUUCAGAGGUACCUUGCUGAUCUAGAGAAAUUAACUUUGGUAACUGAAGGGAAUUUUGAUUCUGCCAAGAUAUUGAACUCAGAGAAUCUUGAUACAGGAAACAAACAGACUUGUCCAUUGUGCCCAAAGGAAAAAUUUAGAGCUUGCAAUAGUCAUAAACUUCGUCGUCAUCUUCAAAAUUUACACUGGAAAGUCUCAGUUGAAUUUGAAGGUUACAGGAUGUGCAUCUGUCACUUACCUUGUCGACCAGUAAAACCAAAUAUUAUUGGAGAACAGAUAUCCAGUAAAAUGGGUGCCCAUUAUCAUUGCAUCAUUUGUUCAGCAACAAUUACGCGAAGAACUGACAUGCUAGGUCAUGUUAGACGUCAUGUGAAUAAAGGAGAGACUAAAUCCAGGUAUUUUGCUGCUUCUGCUGUUAAACCAUCUAAUGAAAUUUUGAAAGAAGCAGACACAGAUGUACAAGUUUGUCCUAAUUACUCUGUACCUCAGAAAACAGAUUCUUAUUUUAAUCCAAAAAUGAAACUAAAUCGGCAGCUAAUAUUUUGUACAUUGGCUGCUUUGACUGAGGAACGAAAACCUUUGGAAUGUCUAGAUGCCUUCGGAGCCACUGGGAUAAUGGGAUUACAAUGGGCAAAACAUCUUGGACAUGCAGUAAAAGUUACAAUUAAUGACUUGAAUGAAAACUCUGUGACAUUAAUUCAGGAAAACUGCCACUUAAACAAAUUAAAAGUAGUGGUGGACAGUAAGGAAAAGAGUGAUGACGAUCUUGAAGAAGCAGAUGAAAACCUUGGUAAUAUUAAGGUGACCAAAAUGGAUGCCAAUGUACUGAUGCAUUUGAGAUCUUUUGAUUUCAUACACCUAGAUCCUUUUGGAACCUCAGUGAACUAUCUAGAUUCUGCUUUCAGAAAUAUAAGAAACCUUGGCAUAGUGUCAGUGACUUCUACAGAUAUAAGUUCUUUAUAUGCCAAGGCGCAACACGUUGCCAGGCGUCACUACGGCUGUAACAUUGUCCGAACCGAGUAUUACAAAGAAUUAGCUGCCAGAAUUGUGGUAGCUGCAGUGGCAAGAGCUGCAGCUCGUUGUAACAAAGGCAUUGAAGUACUUUUUGCAGUGGCCCUUGAACAUUUUGUGUUGGUGGUUGUGAGAGUUUUGAGGGGGCCUACCUCAGCAGAUGAAACAGCCAAGAAGAUUCAAUACCUGAUCCAUUGCCAGUGGUGUGAAGAGAGAAUUUUUCAGAAGGAUGGUAAUAUGGUGGAAGAAAACCCAUAUAGACAGCUACCUUGUAACUGUCAUGGAAGCAUGCCUGGAAAGACAGCAAUAGAACUUGGACCUCUUUGGUCAAGUUCUCUUUUUAAUACUGGAUUCCUCAAAAGAAUGCUAUGUGCAUCUCUUCACCAUGGUUUAGAUGACAUUCAGACCUUAAUAAAAACCUUAAUCUUUGAAUCAGAGUGCACUCCUCAAAGUCAAUUUUCAGUUCAUACAUCUUCAAAUCUCAACAAGCAAGAAGAACAUGGUAUAUGUGCUAAAACUACAGAUGAUAGCCCAACAGAUAAUUACAUUGCACAAGGAAAGAGAAAAAGUAAUGAAAUGAUCUCAAAUUUAGCCAAGAGGCAAAAGGCAGAUCUCAGUAAUGAACAUCCCCCCUUUUAUUACAACAUCCACAGACACAGCAUUAAAGGAAUGAAUAUGCCAAAGUUAAAAAAGUUUUUGUGCUAUCUUUCUCAAGCAGGCUUUCGAGUAAGCCGAACUCAUUUUGACCCAAUGGGUGUUCGUACAGAUGCACCUCUGAUGCAGUUUAAAUCUAUCCUUUUAAAGUACAGCACCCCAACCUACACUGGAGGACAGCCUGAGGGCCAGGUCCAGUCAGCAUCUGAAGAUACAGUAGAACAAGUUGAAAUGCCAGUGAAAAAGCAGAAACAAGCAAGCUGCAGAAGUUGGUAAAUGUAGUUUAUUCCCAGAUGUCUACAUAGAUGGCCUGCUAGUUCUGUAUGCCAACCAACAGUAGUUCUUUUUCUAUCCUUUCAAGAGUGUAAAAAUAAAAACAGUGGUGUUUUCAUUCA